AUGGCAGAUGCUUGGGCUCGAGUCCAUCAUGCAGCCCAUGAUGACGGUAGGGUUGGAACCUCAGGGGUACCACAAGUAGCAUCAGGUUCAAGGUCCGUUACAAUAGACUCCGCCAAAUUUGCUAGAAUUAUUCAAGAAGGGAUAGCAGCAGGUAUGCAAGAAAAUACUCAGGUUGCAACAGGGUUCACCCCCAAUACACCAUUCACUCCAGAAGUCCUCUCGUAUUCCCUUCCCGAUAGGUUCAAGUAUCCUCGGAUAAAGGAGUACGACGGGACAACUGACCUCAUCAAUCAUCUCAAUGUGUACACGGAUAUCAUGAAUUUACAGGUUACACCUGAUGCGGUAAUGUGCAAGGCAUUCCCCCAAACCCUCACAAAUGCAGCUAGAGAUUGGUUUUCCACAUUGGAAUCGAACUCCAUCACCUCCUUCUCAGAUUUGGUUGAUAAGUUCUCCGCUUUCUUUGCGAGCAGCAAACGAAUCAAAAAGACAGCCGCAUCACUCAUGCAGAUGCGUCAAAGACCCAAUGAAACACUGCGCAGUUUCAUGACCAGAUUCAAUAAAGAAAGGCUUCAGAUCCCCGAUCUACAUAUCACAGCUGCAGUCUCAGCUCUGACAUACGCCAUUAAGUGCGAAGCAUUCAAAAUGUCCAUGUCUAAGACCUCGCCGAAGUCAGUCACUGAGCUAUUCACACGGGCUGAGAAAUACAUCAAUAUGGAAGAAACCAUGGCCCCAAAAAGCUUAAGACAAGAGACACCUAGGGUCAAACCAAGAAAGGAUCUACCUUCAAUGGCUUUUACCCAUCUGAACACUUCGAGGUCCAACAUCCUUAUGGAAAUCAAGGACUCUAGGGAACUGAAGUGGCCUCCCCGAUUGUGGUCUCUCUCGGAUACUCGUGACAAGAGUAAAUACUGUGAUUUCCAUAGAGAUCAUGGCCAUACAACGGAAGACUGUCUGGCCUUAAAGCGGGAAAUCGAAGCUCUUAUAAGAAGGGGAUUUCUGAGCUCUUACAUUAACAAUGACAAACGCCCGAGGAAUAAUCAGAAUGGAGGCAAAGGCCUAGAGGAUCGGGAAAACAAGAAACCAACUGCAAGCACUAUCAAUAUCAUUGUCGGAGGCCCAGCCUCGGGAGGAGAUUCUAGCAGCGGGCGAAAACAGUAUGCCAGGCAGCCUCCAAUCAUCUCAACACCAGAUCUUGGUCGUACAGAGGACCUCACUAUUGGAAUGGAUGACUUGGAAGGCAUAGCACUCCCCCAUGAUGAUGCAUUUGUCAUAAUAGCCAUCAUCGCCAACUUUGAAGUCAAAAGAAUUCUGGUAGAUAACGGGAAUGCAGCAAACGUACUGUCUCAUGAAGCCGUUGUUCAAAUGGGGAUUUCAUCAAAACAACUCAAGCCAGUGAAAACACCCCUCCAAGGAUUUGGAGAUGGGGUCAUCACCCCGAAAGGUAUCGUCGGGUUACCCUUAACAUGGGGGCCGAAGGUAAACAGGUGA